CACAGAGCAGGUCGUUGCGGUGUCAGUGACGGCGGAUCGGUGAUCGGAGCGGACGGACGGCCGGAGAUAUCCAGCAGGGAGCGGAGCUGUGUUCACCCCGGGGCUCGGAGGAAGAUCAACUAAAAAGAGAGCUUGGACGGCAUGCAAAGUUGUGAAAUAUCUUCAGACAGCACUGAUGAUCCUCUUAGUAGUGGCCCACGGAGAAACCGACAACCGCGAAUAGUAAUUAUUGGGGCGGGGCUUGCGGGCCUGUCUGCUGCAAAAUAUCUCCUUGACGGAGGAUUCACAGAUGUCACCAUCCUUGAGGCAUCUGAUCGGAUAGGAGGCAGAGUGCAAAGUCUAACACUUGACCACGCUACAUUUGAACUGGGAGCUACUUGGAUCCAUGGGUCAAAUGGAAACCCCAUCUAUCAUCUAGCAGAAGACAAUGGCUUAUUGGAGGAAACCACCGAUGGAGAGAGAAGUGUUGGUCGCAUCAGCCUUUACUCCAAGAAUGGAGUGGCUCACUACCUCACCGGCAGUGGCCAGAGGAUCCCGAAAGAUUUGGUUGAAGAAUUCAGUGAUCUUUAUAACGAGGUCUAUAACCUGACUCAGGAGUUCUUUCAGUAUGGAAAACCAGUUAACGCAGAAUUUCAAAACAGCGUGGGCGUCUUUACCCGGGAUGUGGUCCAGAAACGUAUCAAGGACGAUCCUGAUGACUCGGAGACCACAAAGAGCCUCAAGCUGGCCAUGAUACAGCAAUAUUUAAAGGUGGAAAGUUGCGAGAGCAGUUCACACAGUAUGGAUGAAGUAUCACUCAGUGAGUUUGGGGAGUGGACGGAAAUUCCUGGUGCCCAUCACGUCAUUCCCUGCGGCUUCAUUAAGAUUGUGGAACUCUUGUCGUCCUCCAUCCCUCAGUCGGUCAUCCAGCUGUGCAAACCCGUCAAAUGCAUCCACUGGAAUCGUUCCAUCCGCAAGCGGAUUGAGGGGGUGGCCGACCACAACAACGACCAGAUGGAGGACAAGGGCUAUCCCGUCUUUGUUGAAUGCGAAGACUACGAGUUCAUUCCUGCUGAUCAUGUGAUCGUUACGAUUUCGCUGGGCGUCUUGAAGAAAUUCCACGAGACACUGUUCCACCCACGCCUCCCGGAAGAUAAAGUUAUGGCAAUUGAGAAGCUAGGGAUCAGCACCACCGACAAGAUCUUCCUGGAAUUCGAAGAGCCGUUCUGGAGUCCGGAGUGUAACAGCAUCCAGUUCGUCUGGGAGGACGAGGCAGAAAGUGAGAGCUUGACGUAUCCAGAGGACUUGUGGUAUAAGAAGAUCUGCAGCUUCGACGUGUUGUACCCUCCGGAGCGAUACGGUUAUGUGCUUAGCGGUUGGAUCUGUGGGGAGGAGGCGUUGAUCAUGGAGAAAUGCGAUGACGAGACUGUUGCCGAAACCUGCACUGAACUGUUGAGAAAAUUUACAGGGAAUCCGAACAUUCCAAAACCUCGCCGUAUCCUGAGGUCCUUCUGGGGCAGUAACCCGCACUUCUUCGGCUCCUAUUCCUACACCCAGGUUGGCUCCAGCGGGGCAGAUGUGGAGAAAUUGGUGAAGCCGCUGCCUUAUACAGAGAGCUCCAAAACUGCUCCCAUGCAGGUGAUGUUUUCUGGAGAGGCCACCCAUCGAAAGUAUUACUCCACCACCCACGGUGCUUUGCUCUCUGGCCAGAGGGAAGCGGCCCACCUUGCCGAAAUGUACCAAGAUCUCCUCCUGCCAUGCAAAAACUGAGCGAGCUCCAGUGAUUAAAGAACCAUGUCACUUGUGACUCCUGCCAGUGUGUGUUUUUAUCUUUUUUUUUUUUUUUUUUUAUUUCCUUUUUUCUUUUCUUUUUUUUUUUUUUUUUAAAUCUUAAUAGAACAAUUUUUAACUUUGUAAGAAAAAUCCUAACUGUUUUACAUCAUGAGAGGUCUGUAGCAGAACCAUGUACUGUAUUGUUAAUUUGGGGGGGGGGGGCUCCGCAGUCCUUUUCAUGUUUUGUGUUGGUUACUGUUUGCACACUUGGUGCCUUUUUUUGAAUUCUUUAUUUCUCUGUAUUGUAAGUGCCUUCUAUGACAAAUACUACAAAAACGUUCAAUAAAAGAAUAUCAGGUCGAACAGC